AUGACAACUCAAGAACCCGGCUUUCUGGCCACCUCUUCGGUGUCGCCAGCCAACCGCGAAUUCCCAGUCUAUGCUGUUAACUGGCCCAUUUACACAAUCCCAUCAUGUCUCAUCAUUCCCAAUGAUCAAAAGGAGCUGGUUCCUAGCCCCGAGUCCAUCUCCAAAAAGCGAUACGCCACUUCUGUCGACGAGCGGAACUACCUUACCGUCUACGAGUACCAGAUCAACAACCAGUGGAUCAUCUGGGACUACCACACUGGAUACGUGCAUCUCACUGGCCUCUGGAAGGCUAUUGGAAACUCCAAGGCAGACAUUGUCAAGCUAAUUGACAACUCACCGGAUUUGGAAGCCGUCAUCCGUCGAGUGAGAGGAGGAUACCUCAAGAUCCAGGGAACAUGGGUGCCCUACGACAUUGCGCGAGCGCUGGCCAGCCGAACCUGCUACUUCAUUCGGUUCGCUCUAAUUCCUCUGUUUGGACAGGACUUCCCCGGCACUUGUCUCAAACCCCAUGAGCCUGGCUUCGGCUACCUUCAGAUGCAUUUCAACUCCACGAAAAAGAGAAGAAAGAGCAACGCCAAAGCCCAGCAACAAGGACUCGCCCACGCAACCUCGCCCACACAGCACAGUCACCCCACGUCGCCAUCGCACAGUCCCCACAGCCAUAUGAUACACUCCCAGAGUGUACCCCAUAUGGCCCAGCACCACAUGUCGCUGCAACAACAUGUCGCACAUUCACAACAGCAGCAGCAGCAUCAGCAUCACAUGAAUCAUCAGCAGCACCACAUGGUUCACUCCCAUCAUGUGAGCCAUCCCCAUCACAUUCAGCCCAUGCAAAGCCCGCGCUACUACCCCAUCCAGCCGGCCCAGCAACAGAAUCAGGCGCAACAAUCUCGACUUUCACAGUCGGCCCCAGCUCACGUGUCGUACGCAGGCAGCCAUAGCAACGUAACGCCCGUGCCUAUCUCGCCGGCUCCCGCUGCUUCUGCCAGCAACCCCUACUACCACGUGACACCUCCGUCGCCCCAUUCACAGGCUGUGCUUCUGCCCCGCAUCUCGUCUAUGCCAAGUCCUCCUCAGCUGCCCCACGCGACUCGAAAGUACUCCAACUCCAAGACUCGGCCCAUUCUCAUCCGACCCAACUCGGAUGAUUGCGCGGUGAAGACAGAGGGUGAUGAAGAGAUGCUGAGCCAGCAACACACGCCUCCUUAUACCACGUAUGUGAGCCGACGGCCCUCACUUGGAGGCAUCGCAAAGCCUGGAAAUGCGGUGCGGCCUCGACGCAAGUCGCGUCUUUCGUACGACGAGUCGCAGACCAGUUUAUUGAGCGCUGCUCUGAGAAGUUCCAGUUCAGUGUCGGGGUCUGCGGUCACUUGCUCGUCGUCAGAGUCUGAGCAGGAUGACGAUGAGUACUACCGCAACUUCUUUGCUCGAAGGCAGUCCAUCUCCGAAUAUAAUCCCGCCAAUCCUCCCAAGCAGGAGAGUCCUGAGGAGAUCAUGGAGGUGCUGCAGGCCAUUCGUUCGUUGCAGCAGCUCAGCACUGGCGGUGGGAAGCCUGGAGAAAAGAAAGUGAUGGACAUCAACUCAGUGUUGAGUUAA